UUUGGAAGAUGGGGAAGAAGAGCAGAGUCAAAACUCAGAAGUCAGGUACAGGAGCCACAGCAACAGUUUCUCCAAAAGAAAUGUUGAAUCUAAUAAACGAAUUAUUACAAAAAUGCAGCAGCCCAACCCCAGGUCCUGGAAAAGAGUGGGAAGAGUAUGUGCAGAUUCGAGCUUUUGUUGAGAAAAUCCGCAAAAAACAAAAAGGUUUGUCUGUUACCUUUGAUGGGAAAAGAGAGGACUAUUUCCCUGACCUAAUGAAGUGGGCCACUGAAAAUGGAGCAUCCACAGAGGGUUUUGAAAUAGCUAACUUUGAAGAAGAGGGAUUUGGUUUGAAAGCAACAAGAGAGAUAAAGGCAGAAGAACUGUUUCUUUGGGUUCCUAGGAAAUUGCUGAUGACAGUUGAAUCUGCCAAAAAUUCAGUGUUAGCAUCGUUGUAUUCUCAAGAUCGAAUUCUCCAAGCCAUGGGCAAUAUCACACUGGCAUUUCAUCUUCUUUGUGAGCGAGCCAGUCCUAAUUCUUUCUGGCUGCCAUACAUUCAAACUCUCCCUAGUGAAUAUAAUACUCCUCUGUAUUUUGAAGAAGAUGAAGUUCAGUAUCUUCAGUCAACUCAGGCCAUACAUGAUGUCUUCAGCCAAUAUAAAAACACAGCUCGACAAUAUGCCUAUUUCUACAAAGUCAUUCAACAGGAUGUGUGAGGUCAGGUGGAGAAAAAAGUGGGAAGGGAAGGGAGCCUGAAUUUACCAUACUAAACAGAGGACAGACUUGUUGAGAGUGAUCAUCGUGCUUCCUUUUUUCCUUUAUCCAUCUUCGAGUUCAUGAACCAAUAUUUCAGCCUGAACCUGACCAAUGAACAAGGGAUUUUGUUUGUUUUAUUUUAACUUUCUUCUCUCUUCCUAAAAUGCAUUACUAUUGUCUU